AUGUCCGACAACAACAACGCAUCGUCGCAGCAGUACGCCACUCCGGUUAAGGUGGUGCGCUCCCAAACCUGGGACGAGUCCGACUCGCACAGCCUGACCGUCGCGUCCCCAUCCACACCUGCCGCCAAAUCUACCUCGUUGAACGGUGGCGACCUCUUCCUGUCCAAACAGCGCGAGAUCGAUCAGCUGCGUUCGCAGAAGGAUGCACAGCAGGUCUUCGCUCAGCAUCAGUCCGAAUUUGAAGACUCGCGCGACAAGCUGAUCGGCGCUAUUGACAACACCAGCCUCCUUCUUGCCGAUCUGCGCGACUUUAACAAGAACAAGCGCCUGAUCCACUACGCCGCCGCCGACGACGACAUCGCACACAAAGCCGGCUUGUCGCGCCAGCAGCAGCCUCAACACAAGCGCUCCCAGUCCAACUCUUCCACUCACAGCCUCGAGGAAGCCGAUGCCGACCUCAACUCGUCCUCGGCCGACGGUGCACGCCGUCCCAAGCCUCCCGCUUUCAUGCGCCUCAACACAGUAGGUGGCCAUGUCAGCCUGCCCAGCACCCCUGCGCGUCACGUCUCGUCCUCGUCUUCAUCCAGUCAAAAUGACAACGACUCCGACGAGUCGACCGACAUGUCGGUGCUCAAACUCGACCUUCGUGUCGGUUCCGUUGCUGCCAACCCUCAGGCGCUUGUGCGGUCGCUGGAGCGCUCUUCUGUAGCACAGCUUCUCGACGGCAGGAUGGAAAAGUCCGAACGUCACCUAGACAACCUCAAACAGCGUCUCUCGGACACCCAGUCCAAGGUGCUCGUCACCGGUGAUCUUAACGCAGGCAAGUCGACCUUUGUCAACGCUCUGCUUCGCCGUCCUCUCAUGCCCACCGACCAGCAGCCUUGCACCACCGUCUUCUGCGAGGUGCUCGAUGCUUCCCAUCUCAACAGCAACGUCGAAGAGGUGCACAUGCUCAAGCCGGGCGUCAAGUAUUCGUCGGAAGACGACUCGACGUUUACGCGCCACACACUACAAGACGUCGAGCAGAUUGUUGCCGAAGCCGAAGAGGUCUCGCCAGAGGAUGCUCCCAUCCUCAAGUGCUACGCCCACGACACGCGCGCCACCCAGGACUCGCUGCUCAAGAACGGCAUCGUCGACAUUGCGCUCAUUGAUGCUCCUGGUCUCAACCGCGACAGUCUCAAGACCACCGCGCUCUUUGCUCGCCAGGAAGAGAUCGACGUCGUCGUCUUUGUGGUGAGCGCGGAAAACCACUUCACCCUUUCAGCCAAAGAGUUCCUCUGGAACGCCUCUCACGACAAGGCCUUCGUGUUUAUCGUCGUCAACAAGUUCGAAUCGAUCAAGAACAAGGACAAGUGCCGCAAGCUCGUUCUCGACCAGAUCCGCCAGCUCAGUCCACGCACCUACGAGGACGCCGCCAAUCUGGUCCACUUUGUCGACUCGCAGGUCGUGUUCGGUGACGACGGCACCGACUCUGGUGCAGCACCCGACACUCCCUCCGAAGAACUUGGCCGAAAGGUGCAGGGCGGCGAACUGGUCGAGAGCCGCAGCACCGAAAGCUUGCAAGCGUUCGCCCGCCUCGAAGCGGCGCUGCGCGACUUUGUGCUGCUCAAGCGCGCCAAGUCGAAGCUGCUGCCCUCCAAGACAUACAUGCUGCGACUGUUGUCCGACAUCACCUUCCUCGCCAAGAUCAACACGCAGGUCGCACAGAUCGAGCUUACUGAAGCCACCAAAGCGCUCGAGGUGGCACGUCCCGAGCUUGCACGUUGCCAGGCAUCACAGCAGAAGCUCGAGACGGUGGUCGAGGGCGAAGAGGACCAAGCCGUCACCGCCGUCAUGCAAGAAGCUCAGCGCAAGCUUGCGUCCGCCAUCGAGCUGAUUGGCAAUGGCAAGCCCGCCACGGAGGCAGUGCAGCUGCCAGCCUACCCGGGCCUGUUCAACGUGUGGGAGUAUGCGCAGGAGGUUCGACACGCGUUGACAUCUUCGCUCGAGCUCGCACUGCGGUCGGUCGAGGACACGGCGCGCGGCACCGCCUCACAGGCUGUGGACCGAGUGCAGAAGCUCGGGCUGGCGCACCUUCCUGACAAUGACGCCGAGAAGCGCCAGAGGAUCUUCAACCCGGAUGUCAUGUUUGCCAAGCGACGCGCGAUGCCCGGCCUGGUGGGGCUCGGGCUGGGUGCCCAGAUAGUCGAGGUGCAGGCGUCCGACUUCUUCGAUGCCUACCAUCACUUCACCGUGGUGACUGGCGGCAGCCUGUCGAACGACAAGAACGGCAAGACGGACAAGAGCAGUGACGACGAGCUGAGCCUGGUCUCUUCGGUCUCGCUGGGUCUAGGCGCGCUGACGUUGAUGGGCGGCAAGGCGCUGGGAGCCAAGACGGCAGUGGACGUGUUUGUGCGCCUCUCCGACUUGGUAGGCAACCCCACGGCCCGUCGAUGGGCUGGACCGGUGUUUGCGGUGGUGUCGACGGGUCUUGUGGUGUAUUUCAUCUAUGACCUGCCUAACAGCGUGCCUCGCAACAUCGGACGCAGCAUCAAGUCUGGGCUGCAAUCGGGCGCGCUGCUGCGAUCCACCUCGACGACGACAAGCGACGCGCUGACGAGCUUGUCACCGACAUCAUCGAACGAGGGCCAGGAGGCGUCGUUCGGCGCCGUGCACUCUGCGCGGGUGGGACGCGAGACGCGCAAGGUCCUGCGUCUUGCCUCGUGGGAUCUGCAGGAACGCUUCCGAGUGGCCAUCGCGCAACGCCGGGCCGAGGUGGAGAAGCAAGAAGCCAAGCAGGCGUCGGCCAACCUUGCGAUCGACUGGUUCGACAAGACGACGUCGAGGGUGAAUGGCAUUCGGGGCGAGGUGGACGAGGUCAAGGGCCUCGAAGCCUAA